AUGGCGUCGUCAGAUAUCCUGGUCUCCUUCUUGGGGGCCAUCCAGGCUGCCAUAUCCGUCUUGAUAACUAUCUGGAUCGGUGUUUUGGCUGCCCAGUUCGACCUCAUCGACGAUAACUCUGCCAAACGCCUGUCGCACUUGUGUGUCACCAUCUUCCUGCCUCUGCUGCUGGUCUCCAACUUGGGAAAGCAGCUUGAUUCGGACACUGCCAUGCGUUAUCUCCCAAUCGUUGUUUGGUCCCUCAUUUUCGUCGUCUUGUCCAUCGUCAUAGGCAAGCUCUCCGUCCGCCUCUUCAAGAUGCCAGCAUGGACCACUCCCGCCCUAGCCUUCAACAACUCGACCUCGCUACCGCUCCUCCUUAUCCAGGCCCUCGACGCUGCCGGAGUGCUCAAGAACCUGACCGAUGACCCCGACGUGGUUGAAAAGGCGCGCUCCUACUUCCUCGUCUGCGCCGUCAUCAGCAACACCCUAACCUUUGGCUACGGCCCUGCACUUCUCGAGCAAGACGACGGCGGCCAAACCGAUAGUGACCCUGAAUCUGGUCGGAAUUCGGACGACGAAGACGAGGAGGAGAACGGAUCUGGUAGCGGUAGCUCUGGCGACAGACCCUCCGAGACAACCUCGCUUCUCCCCAAGAAAGCCGUUCGCUUCGCCAAGACCACGAGCAGACAUAUCGAGAACGCGCAAAACAAGACCUACCAUGCUCUGCCCGGGCCACUGCAGAAAGCUGUCAGCUGGAUCGCGCCCUUCUUCAACCCUCCGGCCUUGGGGGCGUCGACUGGUGUUUUGAUCGGCUUGGUUCCUGCUUUGCACCGCAUGUUCUUCAACGACUCGCAGGAGGGCGGAUACUUCAAGGCCUGGCUUACCACCCCCAUCAAGAACACUGGCGAACUGUUUGUUACCCUCCAGGUUAUUAUUGUCGGUGUCAAGCUCAGUCUUAGCUUGCGCAAGAUGAAGGAGGGCGAUGAUGGAGGACGUGUGCCCUGGCCUAGCAUCGUCUUCAUCCUCGCUUGGAGAUUCUUGGUAAUGCCGGCGCUGAGCAUCCCUAUUAUUUGGGUGCUGGCCAAGAAGACGGGUCUCUUGUUUGAUGACCCCAUCUUGUGGUUCACCAUGAUGAUGAUGCCUAUUGGCCCGCCUGCUAUGAGGCUGGUGGCGCUUGCUGACGUCGAGAACCUGCCGCAACAGGCCAAAAUGGCGACGGCUAAGCUGCUUACUAUUUCUUACGUUGCUACCCCGGUGAUUGCAUUCUCUGUUGUUGCUGCGCUCAGAGCAGCCCAGAAUGUUUCGGAUGCGUAG